GAGCGCGGCCAGGUGCGGGCCGAGGGGCCCGCGGGGCCGGCGCCGCCAUGGCGGCGGUGUUUGACCUGGACCUGGAGACGGAGGAAGGCAGCGAGGGCGAGGGCGAGCCAGAGUUGAGCCCCGCGGACGUGUGUCCCCUUGCCGAGUCGAGGGCGGCUGGCCUGGAGCCCGUAGGACAUUAUGAGGAGGUGGAGCUGACUGAGACCAGUGUGAACCUGGGCCCCGAGCGCAUCGGGCCCCACUGCUUUGAGCUGCUGCGUGUGCUGGGCAAGGGGGGCUAUGGCAAGGUGUUCCAGGUGCGAAAGGUGCAGGGCACCAACUUGGGCAAAAUAUAUGCCAUGAAAGUCCUGCGGAAGGCCAAAAUUGUGCGCAACGCCAAGGACACGGCACACACGCGGGCUGAGCGGAACAUUCUAGAGUCAGUGAAGCACCCCUUCAUUGUGGAAUUGGCCUAUGCCUUCCAGACUGGUGGCAAACUCUACCUCAUACUCGAGUGCCUCAGUGGCGGCGAGCUCUUCACACAUCUGGAGCGGGAGGGCAUCUUCCUGGAAGACACGGCCUGUUUCUACCUGGCUGAGAUCACGCUGGCCCUGGGCCAUCUCCAUGCCCAAGGCAUCAUCUACCGGGACCUCAAACCGGAGAACAUCAUGCUCAAUAGCCAGGGCCACAUCAAACUCACGGAUUUCGGACUCUGCAAGGAGUCAAUCCAUGAGGGCGCCGUCACCCACACCUUCUGUGGCACCAUUGAGUACAUGGCCCCUGAGAUUCUGGUGCGCAGUGGCCACAACCGGGCGGUGGACUGGUGGAGCCUGGGGGCCCUGAUGUACGACAUGCUCACUGGAUCGCCACCCUUCACCGCAGAGAACCGGAAGAAAACCAUGGACAAGAUCAUCAAAGGGAAGCUGGCACUGCCCCCCUACCUCACCCCAGAUGCCCGGGACCUUGUCAAAAAGUUUCUGAAGCGGAAUCCCAGCCAGCGGAUGGGGGGUGGCCCAGGAGACGCUGCCGAUGUGCAGAGGCACCCCUUCUUCCGGCACAUUAAUUGGGACGACCUCCUGGCCCGCCGCGUGGACCCCCCUUUCAGGCCCUGUCUGCAGUCAGAGGAGGACGUGAGCCAGUUUGAUACCCACUUCACGCGGCAGACGCCAGUGGACAGUCCAGACGACACGGCCCUCAGUGAGAGCGCCAACCAGGCCUUCCUGGGCUUCACGUACGUGGCGCCCUCCGUCCUGGACAGCAUCAAGGAGGGCUUCUCCUUCCAGCCUAAGCUGCGCUCCCCCAGACGCCUCAACAGCAGCCCCCGGACCCCCAUCAGCCCCCUGAAGUUCUUGCCCUUCGAGGGAUUCCGGCCCAGCCCCAGCACACCAGAGCCCAUGGAGCCCCCUCUACCUCCUCUCUUGCCGCCACCACCGCCACCGCCACCCUCGAGCACUGCCCCCCUCCCCAUCCGACCCCCCUCAGGGACCAAGAAGUCCAAGAGAGGCCGUGGGCGCCCUGGGCGCUAGGGGGACGGGUGGGGAUGAGGGCAGCUACUGAGGCCCCUCCCCAUAGGCUGUGAGGGCAGCGGGACCCUGGGCCCGUUCCAGAGACCUGGGGGUGUCCCUAGGGGCACGGGAGUAAGUGUGUGUGAGUGCGUGUCUCUGUUGGGUGUGGCCGUACCCCUGAAUCAUGAAUAUGAAGAGUGCAGGCUACGGCUGCUGGUGGAGGGGCCUCGCCCACCUGGCCUCCCGCAGUCGAGCUGUGCCCUUGGAGAAAUAAAGGAUUGAAUCAUGGCA